AUGUACACUUCUGCUGAAUCCGCAACUCCUGAUUUCAAGUUCUUUGACGAGCAUUCCUCAUUUGAAUUUGAAAGCCUCUUUUCUCCAACUGAGGGACUAUUGAUGAAGGAAGGCGUUAUGACUCCUUCUUCUUUUGAUGCUACUUUGCAAAGUCCAAAAAAGAUGUUCCCCACUGUUGGACUCACCAUCAAUACCCAAGCCAACAUGUUUGUUGGUCCUCAAGCUAAGCUUGUUGCUUCAUCUGCUGCUGGUGUUGAGAAUGUUGAAUCUACCUUUGAGGCUUUGCUUGCUGAUUCCUUCCUCCCAACCGAAGAAUUGUUGAACCAUUUCUGUGCUGCUCAAGAAGAAGCAUCUGCUCUUCAUGGAGGUCAUCAUGAUGACAGCAGCACCUCUCAAGACUCUCUCGAGGAAGAUGAAGCAGACAGCAACGACGAUGAGGAAGAAGAGGACUUGAAAUCAAGAAAAAAGAUUGUUGCCAAGAGAAAGGAUUCUAAAAAGAAGGAACAACUCUCUGUUGCUGGAACCACUACCUCCACUGCUGCUGCUUCUGCUAUGAACAAUGCUGAUCGUGUGUGGUCCACUGUUUAUGCUGAUCCUUCUGUUGAUUUGAGCUCUGUGAUUGUCAUGAUCAAGACCAGAAGGGACAAACCAUCUGAGUACCUCCCUGAAAAGAUGUACUCUUCAUUGAAGUACGAAAUCAUUCAAAAGGCAAAGGGAGGCCUUUUGAAAAACGUACCAUUGCUCUUGUGUCGUGCUAGUGUGGUCGACGCAGCUACCCUUGAGGAAAUUAAAAAGAAGAAACCUGUAUUGAAGGGUAAUAUUGAAUCUGCAUUGACCAAGGAACCAACUAACAAGAAUGCUGAUGAGUUUGAGUGCAGGAUGAAGGUCCAAUUUGACUUCUCCUAUCACCAAGAUAAGAGAUUGGUCGCUCUCGAAUUGAAAUAUUACUUGAAUGACAAAUUGGACCAACCAAUUUUGAUUAAGAGAUCUUGUCCUCUAAAAGUGUAUGCACGCAAACCAAAUAAGACCAAGAGAAAGAGAGAAGAGGACAAGGAAAAGAAGUUGAAAAAACUUAAGGAAAGUCAAGAGAAGGACUUUCAAGAUUUUGCUGGUCAACUUGAAAAAUGUUUUGAAUUGGCCAACAAAUUUGCUGGUGAAGAGAAGAAGCGUGCAAUGCUUACCAUCAUGCAAAAAUUUGCACAUUGCUUCGGAUCUGAUGCUACCAUGUUUGAUGACGUGAGCACCACUCACCAAUCAAACACCUCGAUCUUCACUGACAGUGCUUCUGAAGGUGAAGAUUUCUUUUGA